AUGACGAGACCGCAGAUUGUUCGAGCCGAUACUUUGGAUCUUCAAGACCAUGAUGCGCCGUCGGCCUCGGACCACUCCAAGCAGCCUGAACAACCAGCUCCACUGGGGGUCGGCCGGCCUGCCCCCCACCAAGAGCUUUCCAUUCGCCAUGCCGAAAAAGAUCUGAAAUCCGAGAUUUCGAGUGGUCCUGAAAAUGGUCACGAAUAUCGAGACGGCGUGGGAGUAUACGGGGACGACGAAACCGAAGAAGAUUUGGAUCGAGACUACGAGCAUGAAGAUGGAGAUUUGGCAGAUGGGGAAAGCGAUGAUAUGAUGGAUGAUGAUAUGUUGGACAAGAUAUCUAGCUCUCCCUCGAUUGACGAUGAGGACAUUGAUUUUGAAUUCGUCUAUGCGCUCCACAAUUUCGUCGCAACUGUUGAUGGACAAGCAAACGCUGCUAAGGGGGAUACAAUGGUGCUGCUUGAUGACAGCAACAGCUACUGGUGGCUAGUACGUGUAGUCAAGGAUGGAAGUAUUGGAUACUUGCCAGCUGAACAUAUCGAGACGCCCACUGAACGACUUGCUCGAUUAAACAAGCACCGGAAUGUUGAUCUCUCUGCUACAAUGCUAGGCGACAACAACGAAAAAUCCAAAAACCCUCUGAAGAAAGCCAUGCGUCGACGGAACGCGAAAACCGUAAACUUCGCUCCACCAACAUACAUCGAGGCCUCCGACGUCGAGUACUCUUCGGAUGAAGACUCCGAACAUGGCGACUUCUUCAAUGACGACGAAACAGAAACGGUUGAAUCGGAAGAGGGUGAUAGCCAGGACCAAAGUGAAGAUAUCACGGUGGAGCCCCUUCGGCCAAAGGGUCAAAAAGAGAAGCCGACAGAACAGGCGGAGGUCAAAAGGUCCGAGGACUCUGAACGAACAAGCUAUGAGCCUCGACCAUCAAGUGAGGAAUUCUUUGACCCAGAGGAGCCAAUAGUCAGUCGGUCCAGAAACGGCACUGUACGUAAUACAGACUCUUUCUUCAAGGACGACACCGCAGAACCAAAGAAGAUUUCUCUCACACCAAACCUGCUGCGCGACGAAUCCAACAACACCGGCAGUAAUGGUAACAGCAACAGUCUGCUUCAGGAGUGGAAAGAGGGACGUGGAAGCUUCGAAACAAUUGACAAGGUGUCUAGUCCUCAGGAUAAGGCCAAAGAGGAAAAGAAGCGCAAGGAGAAGAAACCUGGAAUGCUUAGUGGAUUGUUCAAACGGAAAGACAAGAAGACCAAAUCCCCUGAAGAUGACUUUGAAGAGGCUCUUACAUCCCCAACCGAGUCCACAUUCAGUCAAUCGAAGACAUCCAUGGAAUCAUUCGACUCGAAGUCAUCCAAAUCUCAGAGACAGACGGGCAAUAAGUUACAGAAAUCACACACAGCUGCCAUGUCUCCAACAUCAAUUGAAUCAGGCACUGACGCCGGUCAGUCCAUUCGACGGGUAGUGUCACGGGAUGCCACCAGCUUUGAGGAACCUCGAAGUAUCUUGACCUCUUCUAACAGCCACCGGAGUCCUUCCAAGGAAAGCUUUGUUACUCCAAUGGAGGCUCAGGAUCCUUUUGCAUCCCCAGUGGAGCGGCCAUCUAGUGAAGCCCAGUGGAGAAGCGCAUACGAAUCCCCCAACCAGAGAGCGGCUUCCCAACCAUCUGUGGCAUCUCCGCCUCAGCGAUUUGUGCCAACAUUGGUAACAGCCCGACCGGAACCAGAACCAGAACCCGAAUCCCCCAUCAGCAUCUCCCCGAUGGAAGGACACAUCCCGAUCCUUGCCCCAGGGAUCACCCCAGACGCUGUCCUACGGGCACAUUCCAUUUCACCUCUUUCCCCACCAUCAUCACCCGAAGCCGACACUCACGACCUCAAAAGUAGCGAAGCUACCCCUGGCUCAAUGGACACACUUUCAGUGGACACUCCAACUUGGAGUGAUGCCAGUCUACGAUCAUACCUGGACGAAGAAAACGACAUUCGCGACCUUUUCAUUAUUGUCCAUGACAAAACCAACAUCCCCCCAGCUGGUGUUGACCACCCUGUCACCGGACGCCUCUUCAAAGAAGAGAGCAAGAGAUUGAAAGAGAUGAACAAUCAACUCGAUGAUAUGCUCGUACAGUGGAUGGCUCAGCGCAAUCGACGAUCUAGUUCCGCACGAAAUAUGCAGAGCUCAAGUGCAUAG